AUGCCAGUCAAAUUCAACGUCGACGUGCCAUGGGAGGAGUUAUCCGCACCAGUAGUGAACGAAAGCUAUGAGGGUCUCCAACCGCGUUCAGAGGUCCUACCUAAGGGUAGUUCAACUGCACCAGGAAGACGCGUUUUAUCUUGUGAUAUCCUAGUUGAGCAUGAUGUUGCCAUCAAAGUUCGAGAUGGUUGUACUCUGUACGCAGAUAUCUAUCGACCUCCCACCGCGCCGGAAGGCUCAACACCAGCGAUUCUGUGCUGGAGUCCAUUUGGCAAGAAGUUCAACGGAAUCCAAUCUCUCAAGCUUAUGACUCCAUGGAAUCUUGGUAUUUCAGAAGGAACUCUUAGCGGAUUAGAGAAAUUUGAAGCGCCUGAUCCUGCUGAAUUCGUGGAUCGGGGAUACGCUAUUCUGAAUGUGGAUUCUCGUGGUGCAUUUGACUCUGAAGGUCGGAUGGCGAUUAUGGGAACUCAAGAAGCGGAGGAUGGGUACGAUGUAAUUGAAUGGGCUGCUAAACAAUCCUGGUGUAACGGGAACGUUGGUAUGGCAGGUAAUUCUCAUCUUGCUAUCGUGCAAUGGUUCAUCGCGGCUUUGCAGCCACCUUCACUGAAAGCGAUUGCACCCUGGGAAGGAUGUGGAGAUCUCUACCGAGAGCAAUUUGCUCGUGGCGGUAUCUAUGGAGGCGAUCUCUUUGAUAAUCUGAUUAUCAAGUACAUGUUACGUGGUCGUCAUGGUAUGGAGAGUUUCAAGAAGAUGUUCCAGGAACAUCCUCUUGCGAAUGAUUGGUGGAAUGAUAAGCGUCCUGAUAUGACGAAGAUUAAUGUCCCGACUUAUAUCACUGGUACCUAUACCAACACCAUGCAUGGCAUGGGUGCCAUCCGUGGCUGGCUUGAGAUUAACUCGCCGGACAAAUGGCUUCGCUGGCAUCCGUACCAGGAGUGGUAUGAUAUCUGGGGUAACCGGGCCGGACGGAAUGAGCUUUUAACUUUCUUCGAUCGGUACCUGAAGAGCAUUGAGAAUGACUGGGAGUCGACACCUCGGGUGAGGAUGUCGCUGUUGAAAUUCGGAGAAGCGGCACCACUCGAUAAUAUUAUCGAGUCCGACUUCCCUCCUCCACGUACCGAGUAUCGCAAGGCUUAUUUGACACCCGAGGGACUAAGCCCCCCAGCCUCCGAGACUGCUGUAUCGUAUGAUUCGCAAGAUGAGAACGCUGGCGUCACGUUCAAGUACACAUUACCCGAGCGAACGCAGCUAAUGGGAAUCCCCAAAGCGGUGCUGUAUAUGCGAUGUGACGAUCUCGACGACAUGGACGUAUUUGUUGUGUUGGAAAAGCUUUCAAAGACUGGGGAGCGGCUGUUCAACUUCAACAUUCCGUGGAAGAAUCUACCUGUGGCAUCAAUUACAGAGAUCCCGAAAGAGGAACGCACGGAGUUAGUUCUGUAUCAAGGACCCACUGGAAUCCUACGCGCAUCCAACAGAGCUAUUGAUGCAGCGCGGUCCAUGCAUCCAAACUGGCCCUUCUAUACACAUGAGAAAGAAGAGAAGGUUCCAGUGGGAUCGAUUGUGCGACUGGAGAUUGGAAUUUGGGUGAUGGGAGUGGAGUAUGAGGCUGGGGAGUCGAUACAGUUGCGAGUUAGUGGUCGGUAUCAGGGAAUCUCCAAGUUUGGUGCAGAUCAUACUUUGAAUAAGGGAACUCACUGGGUUCAUAUGGGAGGAGAGUACGAUAGUCAUGUUGAGCUUCCUUUUGUAUGA